CAUCUUCAAACAUCACUCACCAACUCAACACCUUGAAAAAACCUCUGAGAUUUUUUUAUCUAACUACCAGACAUUUCCCAGAGUAUUCUGUUAGGGGGGGAUAUUUCCACUGAUAUAAAGACGAAAUAUAAAAUAAAAAAAAUUGUAAAAAUCAUAUAUUUAGAAAAUAUAUAAUACUUCAGACAACGUGAUCAGCAAUCCUAACUUAAAGUCCCGGAUUAAAAUGAUUCUAGUUAAAUUAGAUUAUUAAUGUAAUAUUUGAAGGAUUUUGAGUUAAAACACUUUUUAAAUUUCUUAAUAUAAAUGAGAAGUUGUUUUCAGCCAGACUCUGAAGUCUGUAAUCCAGUCAGAACAAUUGUCAUUUUGGGUCGAUCUCAUGUCCUGUUACUCUUCCCCAUCCAUUCAUUACAGUCAAUAUUUCCAGACUAAACUACCCUGUGGGCAGGUGGGGCGGGCGGAGGCUGGGGGCUGAAGAGAGAAACUCAAACAAUGUGAUGGAAACAGUUCGGAGGGGAGGAGGAGCUGGAGUAUAUGACAAGUGGGAGGGAGGCAUUGAAGAGAGUGAGAUUAGGCACUCCACCAGGACUCCAUCCAUCUGCAGAUCCCUACAUACAUCCGAGCCUUUUCCUUUCAGAAUCGAGGAAUACGACUUCAAAGACGGAAAUGAACCAGCAAAGACAAUCCUCUGAGAAGUUGGUGCUGGACUUUAAGGAAGACACGGCUCUGACCGAGAUGAUGCGUCUCCGCGUCUCGUCUCUUCAAAAAACAGGGCAGAAGCGUCAGGACGGUGAGCGUCUGCUCCUCCCUUAUGAAGCGGUGUAUCGUCUGGACUUCCCUGUCCAAGAGCUGAACUUCUCCCGCUGGUACUUCUCCCUCUCAGGCCACGGCCGGGUCACCAUCACCGGCAUUUCCCAGCACUGGACCCCCGAUCUUACUAACCUGAUGACCCGUCAGCUUCUGGAACCGAUCGGGACAUUUUGGCGAAAUGCUGAGGACCCUGAGGAGUCGCCACUCAAGUGGCUGGAGGCAGACAUGCAGGAGUUCGGGGAAAGGAUUGCGGAGUUAGCUAAAGUGAGGAAGGUCAUGUAUUUCCUGUUUGCUUUCAAGGAUGGGUCCACAGCAGCAAACCUCAGCUGCACCAUCGAGUUCACACCUGAGAAAUGACCUUAACCUUCAAUUGGUUCAGUCUUCCUAGAGAAUCUGCUUUCAUUUCAGUGUGAAUAGUCUCCUUCCACCCCAUUAAACAUUAGUUAUACACCAGCAUGUUUUUCUUCCUUGUGCACAUUCCCUUAAUCACUGCUACUGCAGAAUUUAACUUAUUUUAUAAAGCAGAAGAUAAAAUAAAGUACACACAAUUGACUUGAGAAAACAGAAAAUAAUAAAAUAAAAGGCAAGUCAUGGAAGAAACAACCUGUGGAUUUUUGCAGCUACUUCUGGAACACCGGAUAAAAAACAAAACAAUUAAACCAGAUUAAUAAAACCAAGGAAAUUGUCAUUGGUAACCAGCUAUUUUUAUUUAGUGUCAAAUUGUUGAACUUAUGUUUAGUUUUUAUCCUUUUUUUUUAUUGUGAUUUUAAAAGAAAUGCAUUUGUUAGUAAGUAAACAGGAGUGGAUGAAAUCCCAAAUAUCCACAAUGCAUACUACUGACCUGAUGGAUAACAGAGAUCAAUGGGGGGGGGGGGCUAAAUUAAACAGCCUCUGAAAGCUUCACUGGGAAGGAUGAGGGAGAGCGACAGAAACAAAGGCUGACAUAGCAAAAACAAAAUGCUUUUUUCCACUCCACACUUCAUAAGACAUCGACUCAAUCUGACCAGUUUUUCAGAAAAUAAAGCAACAUAGACUUUUUUUUUUGCUUGUUGUUUCUCUUUCUUUCUAAGAGCUGCGACACAAAGCAGAGGAAUAAAGCAGGAUUUACAGUAAAACUGAUCCUUUAUCUUUUCACAUUCUGAUCUGACAACAAUAUUAUCAAACAAAAGUUUAAAAUGAUUCAAACUGCCACAAAUGUCUUCUACCUUAAAAUAUACUUUCAAUCCUUUGGCUUUCAGGGAUCUUUUCUUUGCACUUUUAAUGUAAUUGGAUGGAACAACACAUGGGCACCUCUAGCCUUAACCCAAAACAAAAAAACUGUUCUCCUCACCGAGGGAAAUGUGUAUAUUAUGUUAAGCCUUAGAACAUGAAGAAAAAAGCAGUAUGUUCCAUUAGAUGCAAAGUUUCUCAUGUUGACAAAAUAUUUUCUUCCAUGUAUAACACUGAUCCCUUUGCUGUAUUGUGACGUGCCAAUAAAGUGUUCAUAUAGUUUCUACCUCUCUGUUUUUUUUUCCUUCUCUCUAACUUUAUGUUUGAUGGCACUGGCAAAGACCAUCAAGAGUCUAAAC